UCUGAUCCCCACCACGACCGCUUCAAUGUCGCUGAUGAGAAGCGUCAAGCCAGAGUCGCAGAGCUUACCGAUAAUGUCACUGGAGAGUAUGUCAAGAGCCAANUUCGCAACCCUCUCGUCGGUGUGCCUCGCGAUACCCUAAUGAGAUCCGCAGAGAAGUUCGCAGCCGACCAUGACCUCAACGACAUCUUGCCUCUUCUCAAGAAAGGUGCUCUGGCUGCUCAGAACCCUGCCGAGGUUGCGAAUAUGGAUGACUUCACGAAUGAAGAGAAGGAGAUCUUUCGAGAGGAAAUUACUCACAAAUGGCGCCAGCCAAAGAUUCUUUAUGUUACCAUCAUUCUCAACUCAAUUGCCGCUGCCAUUCAGGGAUGGGACCAGACUGGAUCCAACGGAGCAAACUUGUCCUUCCCCCAAGCAUUCGGUAUUCCUGAAAGUGGCGCGGUUUGCGAAGCCGCUGGCAACUGCUCAAGAAAUCAAUGGCUUGUCGGUUUCAUCAACUCCUGUCCCUAUCUCGCCAUCUUCCUCUUCGCUGGCUGGAUAUCCGACCCUCUCAACCAUUGGCUUGGUCGUCGCGGUGUCGUUUUCAUUGCUGCCAUCUUCUCUCUUCUCUCUCCUAUCGGCAUGGCGGUCACUCAAAAUUGGCAACAGCUUGUCGUCUGCCGUAUUCUGCUUGGUAUUGGUAUGGGUUUGAAGGAGGUCACUGUGCCAGUCUUCUCCGCCGAGAUUGCCCCCACUAAGAUUAGAGGUGGUUUGGUCAUGUCAUGGCAGAUCUGGACAGCAUUCGGUAUCCUUCUCGGAACAUCUGCCAACCUUGCUGUCAAGGAUGUUGGCGAUAUCGCAUGGCGUCUGCAACUCGGAUCGGCAUUUAUCCCUGCUGUUCCUCUCGUCCUCGGUAUUUGGUUCGUUCCCGAGUCACCCAGAUGGCUCAUGUCCAAGAAGAAGUACGGCAAGGCCUAUCAGUCGCUGCUCCGCUUCCGUGGCAAGCCUAUCCUCGCCGCAAGAGAACUAAUCUACAUCUAUGCGCAGAUGGAGCAGGAAGUCAUGCUUAUUGAACAAUCUGGCCUUCCUGCCAAUGCCGGGUUCUUUACUCGCUUCGUCGAACUCUUUACCAUUCCCCGUCUGCGUCGUGCUGUUCAAGCUUCUGGUGUCGUCAUGAUUGGCCAACAGAUGUGCGGCAUCAACAUCAUCGCCUUCUACUCGUCCAGUAUCUUUGCGCAAGCCGGAGCGACUGUCACUGGUGCCCUUCUCGCCUCCUGGGGCUUUGGCAUCAUCAACUUUAUCUUUGCCUGGCCAGCUGUAUGGACGAUCGAUACCUAUGGUCGUCGCGCACUUCUUCUCUUCACUUUCCCCAACAUGUGUUGGACGCUGUUGGCAGCUGGUCUCUGCUUCCUGAUUCCAACAUCUUCUGCUGCUCAUCUGGGACUCAUUGCCCUCUUCAUCUACUUGUUCGACGCCUUCUACUCUCCUGGUGAGGGUCCCGUCCCAUUCACCUACUCUGCCGAGGUCUUCCCUCUGUCGCACCGUGAGGUCGGUAUGUCUUGGGCCGUCGCCACAAACAACUUCUGGGCCACCGUCGUCUCUCUCACUUUCCCUCGCCAGCUUCGCGCUUUCGGCACUACUGGAGCUUUUGGUUUCUACGCCGGCAUGAAUGCACUUGCUUGCGCCAUGAUCUUCCUCUGGCUGCCCGAGACCAAGCAGCGUUCUCUCGAAGAGCUGGACUACGUCUUCGCCGUCCCCACCCGCACUCAUAUGAGCUAUCAACUGUUCAAGGUCUUGCCGUACUGGUUCAAGACCACGAUCUUGCGCCAGAAGGAUCUUCCUGAGCCCAAGCUAUACCACUUCCAGAGCGACUCUACUGUACUGGAGAUGGAGAACAUGAAGGCU